CACAUAAUAACAACACUCAUAAAUUAAUUAUCAAACUCAUUGCAAAUUUAUGCCAAAAUCAAAUGGAACUUCUAAGGCCAAUAUCUUUAACAUUCUUGUUAUCAACCCUAGUAAUCACCAAUGUUGUUGCUGAUUGCACAUGUGAACCGGAACAAAUAUCCGGCGACAAGGGCAAAGCUCUCCACUACAAACUGAUCGCUAUCGCUUCCAUCCUCACGGCGGGGGGCGUCGGCGUUACUCUACCCUUCUUGGGCAAGAUCUUUCCGGCUUUAGGACCCGAAAAAGACGGGUUCUUUGUGGUGAAAACAUUCGCAGCCGGCGUGAUCUUGGCCACAGGGUUUAUUCAUAUACUUCCACAGGCGUUUAAUAGAUUGAAUUCUCCGUGUUUGGAGGGACAUGGGUGGACGGAGUUUCCGAUGGCCGGGUUGGUGGCGAUGGUGGCCACCAUGGCUACACUUUUGUUUGAGAGUUCUGCGGCAGCGUAUCAGGUUAGAGCGGCAGCGACCAAGGUGAUGGGAGGUGGUGAGGAUACAGAAAUGGAGGUGGGGAUUAUGCAUGAUCAUGGUCAUGGUCAUGGUCAUGGAUCAUUGUUGAUGGAUGAUGAUGCUGAAGUUCGUCGUUAUCGAAUUGUUUCACAGGUGCUGGAACUGGGAAUUGUCAUUCAUUCAGUGAUCAUAGGAUUAUCUUUGGGUGCUUCUAAAAGCCCGAAAACAAUAAAACCACUCAUUGCUGCAUUGUCCUUCCACCAGUUGUUCGAAGGAUUAGGACUUGGUGGAAACAUCUUUCAGGCGAAAAUCAAGUCGUGUGCUACCGUCGUGAUGGGAGUAUGUUUUGCCCUCACGACACCGAGUGGGAUUGUUGUUGGCAUACUGGUGAGCAACACAUAUGAUGCAAACAGUUCGAAAGCUCUUAUCGUGCAAGGUGUGUUAGAUGCUGCAGCCGCCGGGAUAUUAAUUUAUAUGGCACUUGUCGACCUUCUUUCACCCGAUUUUAAAAAUCCUAGGAUGCAAAAUAAUAAGUUUCUUCUACUUGCUUCUAAUAUUUCUCUUAUUCUUGGUGCUGGCCUUAUGUCUCUCCUAGCCAAAUGGGUUUGAAUCUUGAUGUGUGUAAAAUCUACUUUGGGACAGUACCCUGGCAAAGUUGUAUUAAUAAAAUAAUUUAGCAAAUUGUAUACAUUUCAAAUAGAUUAUAGAUUGUGUGACUUUCAACUCA